AUGUUGUCCAAGCUCGCUCUAGCAUCUACCCUGAUCCCUGCUGCUCUUGCCUGUCUGGGUUAUGAAGGGGGUGUUCCGACACCUACCGCCUCAUACUCCAACAGUGCCCCGAUCGAGAUCGCUGCAGGCCAGACCUUUGAUGCCGGCUGGGCCCGGUACGACCGCGGAUCUGGCGCUUGCACCGAUGGCGAGGGCGGUAACGACGAUGCCGUCUUCAUCCUCCGGUCUGGCGCUACCCUGAAGAACGUCAUCAUCGGAAAGAAUCAGAAGGAGGGUGUCCACUGUGAGGGUCCCUGCACCCUGGAGUUCGUCUGGUUCGAGGACGUCUGUGAGGACGCUAUCACUGUCCGAGGUGACUCGGCGGGAGACCAUACAUGGAUCAUCGGUGGUGGCGCAUAUCACGCGUCCGAUAAGAUAGUGCAGCACAACGGGUGCGGAACAGUCAACAGGGAUGCCGCACUUACUGACCAUUAUCUUAAGAUCAUCAACUUCUACGCCGAGGACUACGGCAAGGUCUACCGCUCCUGCGGUAACUGCAGCUCCCAGUGCAAGCGCAACGUCUACAUUGAGGGCGUGACCGCGUACGACGGCGGCGAUAUCUGCGGCAUCAACUCGAACUAUGGCGAUACCUGUACUCUGAACAACGUCUGCACUGACGCCGACCACCCCUGUGUGCUCUACGAGGGAUGCGCCGGCGGUUGCGAGCCCGAGAAGGUCGGCUACUGCUCCGGUUAA